AUGUUGCAGAAUGAUGAGCGAAUCUUGCGACGUAGCAACGUACUGCGCCGCCGCGAUCUGCCAAUUGCGCCAACAGCGCUGUUCCAAAAAGAAUCGGACGGCGGCGUUGCGAUGGGCGCAUCCAGGCAAUUACCGCCCUCGCUGAUUAGUUCCAAUACCAGUUCCCGGAGGCCCGCAAAAACACUAUCGAUGAGCAGUCGCCAGAGGAGCGGUCAGCUGCGAGCAAAAAACCGCCAUCGUGCUAAUCAACUCGUCUUCAAUGCACAGCGAGCAGUCGGCAACGACAAUCGCCCCAGGCAGUUUCCAGUGCAGCGUAAUAUAGCUACAAGGGGGCAGCAGCAACAAGCUCUGGCUACAAGGCCCCGACCAGAUUUAUUAGUUCCAGAUCGCUUGGCCAUGCCCCAAGUGAGAGCCGUGCCUCCGCCGCCACCCAUUCAGUUUGUGCCACCUCACUUCCUGUAA